CAAAAGUGCCGGAAAUUCGUCUCUUAAAGGUACCAGGAGAGGCUUUUUGCCACCACCUUGUAACUUGAGGGGCGCUGCUGCCUGAGGCAAAUUUUUUAUUUCACCUCAUUGGCGCUGCGCUCAUUUGUACCUUUUUUUCCAUAAUGAGUGUCACAGCUGAGAGUUGUUGUGGCCACUGUGGUUAGCAAAGUUUCAUUCCACAAGUGAGUAAACUGUAAUUCUAUCACUGUGAGGUGAUUUUUUCAAGGAACAAGAAUUAUUGUUUAUUUUAUCCAGAACAGCAAUUGAAUGUCUCCUGUGGCCGCCAUGGACUGGUUCUAAGUUGUGGCGAUUGAAACAAUAAAUAAAAUCAUUCACAAAAAGAUAUUAGAAAAAUCACGGGCAAGCAGACGCUUGAAUAGAGCUUUACUGAACAGUCAAUAAAAGCUGUCCCUUUAAAUAAAAAAUAAUAUUUACAAGAUACAAAGUGAAACCACCUGCCACACUACAGCCAUUUUAAGCAAAGCCGCCUCACUCCAUAGCGCGCGCCUCGCUGAUUUCACAGAGGGAGACGCUGAAUCUUUGAGGCGAUAUUUCGGCCACAGCGACCCUUAAUUAAUUGCUGACUGUUCAGGACGCGGUUCCGACAUGGCAAAACAGUGCAUCAAUUCAAAAGAUGAUGUCAGUGAGAAGAAACAUGAUUUAAAGGAGAAGAUAGGUGAGCUCAAGCAGAAGAAAGAUAAACUCAAGGAGGAGGAAGAUGAACUUAAGGAGAAGGAAGAUGAACUAAAUGGGGUGAUAAAUGACAUCAAUAAAAACAUAGGUGACAUCAAAAACAACACAAGUAACACCGAGGAGCAGACGGGUGACAUCAAUGGGAAUAAAGAUGAUGUCAAGAUGCCAGUGCAAGAGACAGGCGAUUGUAUCCAUGACCCUGGCAUGGAAGGCUUUGGAGAGAGCAUUCCUGGCACCCAGACGUUCUUGUCUGGGUUUUUGGAGAAAAAUCCUAGUGCCCAGGACAAUGGAGAAGACUUGUACACAGACACAGGAACAGCUGAGACAGAUGAGAAAGUGGGGCAGGGAAGGGACUAUGCUGACCAUAGUGCCACAUAUGGGAUAUUACACACAAAAAGACCAAAGUCCCUGGAAGUGUGCCCUGGAGCCGAAGAGAAAAGAGAGCUCAUAUGUCCAGACUCGUCCGCUAAGAAGUCAAACAUUCAGCCAGCAGCAGGGAAUGGAAGCGUUGUGGCUCAAGUCCUGGUUAAAAGGACAGGAAAACACAAACAUUGUAGAAAGAAGAAGGAGAAAACUAAGGAAACCAAAGCUUUGGGAGAUCUGAAGCUUCCUUCUCUACCUGAGAUUAUGGUCGUUUUGAUGAAACACACAUUUUCAGCCCUAAUAUCAGUGCGCUGGAGCUGCUGGCUUAGAUUUAUAGUUAUCCUACUGAGCAUCUCUGCUACAUCCUCUUCUUCUUGUUCGUCCUGCCAAAUCUUUGAAUUUUGCACUGAGGAAAAGCUGCUGGACCAACCCCUGACAAUCAGUAUAGAAGGCAAAGAGAAUUACUGCAGUUUCCAGUUUACUGCCCAUUCUGCUACAGAAAAAUGUAACAAAUCAGAGGUGAAACUGAAUAAGAGACAGAUGUGCGUGCUGUUGUCUAUGACAGGUCUGAUCCAUGACAAUCUGUAUUUGGAAUAUGGCACUGGCCGUACAACUCCCAUUCUAGCUGUACCUGCAGGAUGUUGUGAAAAUUCCCCAACUACAAGUGAUGAAGUUGACUUUUCUAUCCAGAAUUCUGCACCUCUACCAACACAUAACAUGACUGGGGCAGCUGUGAAAGACCCUGGACAAAUACAUGUAGCAGCAAUUAUAGUACCAAUUGUUGUUGGCAUCGCUUUAAUUGUAUUUGUUGUAUAUAAAAUUAGAAGGAAAAUAUCUAAACAAGGCACUUUUGAGCAUCUGGAAUCCCAAACUCCCCCAAAUGAUGUUUCAACAGACGAGGACGCAGUGUCCAAGAAGAAUUGUCCAGAAGAAGACCACAGGGAAGAUAAAGGAGAUGCACUCUCCCCAAUGGGAAUCCCUUUAGAAGAGCAUCCUGAAAUGAAUUUGGGUACAAGCUCUUCCCCACAAGAUGGAGAGAUUGAGCCCAGAGAUGAUGAUGCAACUAAGUCUUUACUAAUACCAAAUAUGGAUGUUAGAAAAAGUAAUGGAAACAACAUUUAUUAAUGCGGCUAAACUGCCUAAUUGUCGGUGUAAUCUUCUUUCUGGUUACUUUUAAGCUUUUUAUUUGUCUUUUUAGCUUAUAAUGGGUAGUGCUAUCAUUAAUGUAUGCAUUGUAUCUGUAUCAGGGCAUGGCUGACUUGUAGGACUGUUAUGUCCAUCCAUCAUCUCUUGUUCUUUGAUCUUUUUUAAGGGAGAAAAGAGAAUGUCCUCUAAUGUAAAGAGUAAUCAUGUCCCCUUGCAAGUGUAUUUUCCCCAGAGUAAACAACGCCAACCUUGAAAACCUCAUAGUUCACAUCUUCCAUCCCUUUAACCAGUUUAGGUGCACAUCUCUGCCCUCUCCCCAGCUCAUUUAUAUCCUUCUAAAUACUGCACUCUGUACUUAAGGUGAGGCCUUACUAGGGUCCUUUGAAGAGGCAAAAUUAUGUUAUAAUUCCUCAUAAUUUGCUUUAGUAGCCACAGGCUGACAUUGCCUAGAGUUACACAGCUUGUUAUCCACAAAAAUCCCCAGAGACAUCUAAGAAGAGGCGGUUGCCCUGCUGGAAGAGUAACUGUCACAAAAGUUCAGGGCUGGUUUAUUACAGUUACAUGGAGGGACAAAAACAGCCCAGCUCCAUAUUAAUAGAUACUUUAUAUUAUUGUUUCUUAUAUUUUGUCCAUCACCCCGUUCCUCUUAUAUGGAGCAAGUACAUUUUGAGAACAUUGUGCCUGUCUCUUUCAUAGGAGAGUGGACUAUUUAGGGAUUAUUUAGGGGCAGAUUUACUAAGGUUUGAAUGGUAAAUUUGAAUUCGAAUUUUCAAGUUGGUUUUUUGAUCAAAGCUCACAAUUUCGAGUUUGGAAGCACCAACUUGAAUUAGAAUCCGAGAUUUAUCAUCCCCCUACACUGGAAACAACUCAAAUUCGAUAGGUCACCACCUAAAAUCUGCCGAGUUCAUGUAGAAGUCAGUGGCAGAGAUCCGUUGACCCAUUUGAAUAUGUUAAUAGCUUUUUUUCAGAGGAAAAUACAAUUCGAAGUACGUUCGAAAUCGAUUUGAGUUUUCGGGUCGUUAACACUGGAUCGAAUUUUAGACGUUCAAGUUUUUCCAUAAAUAAGCUCCCAUUCGAGUUGUGAGUAAAUUCGAGUUUAUUAGAGUAAAAAAAAAAAACAUAACUAAAAUUCAACCUUUGAUAAAUAACCCCCUUUAGUGAUGAUCCAUGUACCUAUGUAUAUACUUGUGCUCAUGAUAGGCCAGGAGAAGAAGUAUUUCUACUCUUAAAGCUUAGAGGGAGAACAAUGGAAAUUGCACAAGACUGAAGCCACGUGAGUGGCAAAGGGAGAUAAAUACAAAUUCACCUUUUUAAUAUUUUAAUAAGUGAAAUUAAUUUGUUGCUAUAUGAGCUUUGCUUAUUUUAAUAAAUGUAUUUCUUGAUUAACUGAUAACAUUGCUUUUUAAUUAAUCUGGGAUAAUUUUAGUAGUGUGUGCAAUGAGCUACAGGCCUCACACAUUUACCCAUCAGUCUGUGCCCCAUUAUACGAUAAAUAUAUGCCAGUGAGGACUAGGCCAGGCAUACAGUGCUAUACAGAACUUGGGCGCCAAUUAGUGAUGUGCAGGCCGACCCGGGACCCGUGAGUUUACCCACAGGGCGGGCGGGUUCAGGCCGACCUAUCACACUUCUUCGUGGGAGGGUGCUGUUUUAGCUCUUCUCCUUCUCUCCCCGCCCGCCACCGUCAAAUGCCAACUUCCGGUUUCAUCUUUUAUAGGCGAUGCGGCUGCUCAUCCCGCCCCUUUUGUGAUGUCAUGGGCGGGUCUUUAAAAGCAACCCGGAAGUGCGGAUGCCGACCCGCACAUCACUAGCGCCAAUAUCAACAGCUUCAGUCUGGGUGUGGCCGAGACCCCUCCCCUUUAGCUGCAGUGAUCGUAUUGAUACUCCUCAAAGAAUUAUACACCGUAUCUAAGCGGUAAAUCAGGGAGCUGUGCUGUAACCUGACAAUGGCAUCAAAUUCAAACAGCUGUGCAGUUCCCUUAUUGGGCAGUUUGUGACCUUACCUCUGUUAGGUGUGGCUGGCAUAUCUGUAAGGUGUUUAUUUUAUAAAUAGUCAGGUAAGGGACAAUAAGAGAGAAAUGCAACGGUUUAUUAAUUUAAAUCAAUAUUAUUACCAAAGGCAUGUGCCUAGGGCAGCAGGUUUAUUAAAGGGGGCCUUGUGGGAUGCGGUAAUCCACUCCUACCUGAUUGGCACACACAAUGAUGAAGGAUUGGAAACAAAAUGGGAUGUACCAAAUCCAGGGUAUGAUUCGGGAUUCAGCCAAAUGCGUCAGGAAUCAGAUUUAUCCAAAUUCAAGUGUCUAAAUGAACCCAAAGAAAAUGGGAAAAUUUGUUGCACAAAUAAUAUUGUAAUUUUUGCCACAUGGAACACAUGCACUUUUUUUUUUACCCUAAUGCUAAUUUGCAUAAAUUUAAAUAAGGGUUCAGAUUAAGUUUGGGAUUCAGUGCAUCCCUGGAAACAACCCUCUGUUAGAAGCUGAUAACAAGGAAUACUCUCUUCCAAGUCUAAAGUACGCAUCAUGCUUCCUUCACAGCUUAUAGGGCAAUUCAAUUUCAUUAGCAGAACUAUAAUAACUGGAAAAAAACCUCACAGAAAUGUGUUCAAACUUUCAUAACCUGCGAAAUUUCGUAAGAU